CGGCCGUACCACACGCGACUCGCUCCUCCUUUUUGCUCGCCUCGCUUCCUGCCUUCCCGUGAUCAAAAAGAGGCGAGCGGGCGAGCGUAUAGGCUAUGAAACUGUAGAGAUUGGCGAAGGCCGCAGAACAAAGAAAGCAAGAGGAGAAGAAGAAGGCGAAGCGAUAUGAGCGGCCUCUUCUUAAACAACGGCGGCCGGAGUGCGCACCGCCUCCUGGUCCACCAUCUUCGGGCUCCGCCCUCAGGCGACCUCUCCAAGCCCUCAAUGUCGCACGCGAGGGCGUACGUACGAUCCUACCCCUUGUCAUACAAGCCCAGGAAAUCGUCCUUGCGGGUCUCCCCCACUGUUUCUUUCCUCCUUUCUCAUCCCUCCGCUUCCACCGUCGCCGCUGCUUCUUCGGCGUCAACUUCUUCUUUUCUUCGGAACGGGUUCGUAGGUUGGUACCUAGGCAUGAUCGAAUCGCGCCCGGUUCUCACCAAGAGCCUCACCGCCGCAGCCAUUUUCGCCGCCGCUGACAUCUCCUCUCAGAUCACCACACUCACUUCUCCUGACAACCUUGAUUUGGUUAGAACUCUGCGUAUGGCUGGUUAUGGGAUGAUAAUUCUUGGACCUUCUUUGCAUUUCUGGUACAAUUUUGUUGCAAGAAUUCUACCAAAACAAGAUAUGAUCACCACUUUGAAGAAGAUGCUUCUUGGUCAAACUACUUAUGGUCCUUUGAUGACUGCUGCAUUCUUCUCAGUAAAUGCAGUGCUACAAGGUGAAACCAGGGGCGAGAUAAUUGCCAGGUUAAAGAGAGACAUGUUUCCUACGGUUAAAAGAGGAUUUAUGUACUGGCCUUUCUGUGAUUUCAUCACAUUUAAAUUUGUCCCUGUUCUUUUACAGCCCUUGGUAUGCAAUUCAUUCUCUUUCCUUUGGACAAUAUACCUCACAUACAUGGCAAGCCUGCAGAAAGUAAGCAUUCAGAAGAAUUAAGUGGCAAACUCCUAUCAGAAUUUGCUGUUCUUUAGGAUUAUGAUUUCAAGUUGAAAAUAGGGGCGAAGAGAUUUCAAAGAGGCUCAGUUAUCACUGUUAUUAUCUUUAACCUGAACUGGUUGAAAUUGCAAACUGUCGUCCGUUGUUUAAAUAGUGAUGUCAAAGAUUAUUCAGUUGUUUCUCUAAAGAAAUGGUUUUGAUUAUUGUAAUACUGGUGCAUCUUUAGGCGGCAUCAAUAUCCUUACUAUUGAAAUAAAAUCCAUACAUAUGUCUAA